AUGUUUAUCAAAUGGCUGAGUUGUUUGCCCUGGGGCUUUGUGAUCUACCGUACUGUUUAUACGGCGGAAUCCGACCGGCUCUGGUCUGCCGGCCUCGCCAAAAUCGACCGUUACGUGCACUGGAGUAUUGGAGAUAUCGACGAAGAUGAAUAUCCGGACAGCGAUCCUUUUCCCGAGAAGUUUGUGCAGGAAACCUACAAGAAUCUUGUUUUCGAGGAUCGAGAGCGGUGGAAGGGAGCAUCCCUAGAACAGAUCCGUACUGAUUUCCAACAAUAUUUAGAGUCUCUCGGGAUGGAAGAUGGGUCGCAUAUCCCAUGGUCGAAAGCCUGUCUCGUUAUAGACGAACAAUGCUUGAACUCGAUCGUGAGUGCCUUCGAGGAGCCGGAGGAGAGUGCCAAUGGGAGAGGGCCUCGGAGAGGGUUUGUGAUCGAGAAGGGUGGGUAUAUCAUGUUGAAGCCGUUUGUGGUGAUGGUCGACCCUACUUUUAGAUCGGGGGAGAGCUAUGAUACACCUGGGUACCAAGGGUACAUGCGCGUUGGACUUGACGAUAUUUGGGAGGCAGCGGUUGAGUUGCGUCUCUCCACGGUGGAGGAGAUGUGUCCCAAUGUGACCCCUGCCGAGAUGAUCCCGGUUUAUGAUGGAGGAAGCGGAUAUUUGGUUAAUGUGUGA